ACAACUCUUGUUAUUCUGUUUCAUUAUAAGAAAGAUAAUCUACCAAAAAUAAAAAUGCUGGAAGGAGUAGCAUACCUUUGACCGACGCAGACCUUUUUCCAUUUGUGCGCUUUAAUAUCUACUGCCAACAAUUGGAGUUAGCUUCUUUGCUUUAUAAUUGAUGUUUUGUUUUUUGUUUGUCAGUUAAUAGGCAAAUGGAGGAAUGAGCCUACUUCAAAUUACUCCUUCAACUCAUAGUUCUGUUUCAUCGCGACUGUUAAGGCUUAGCAUCUUUCUACUACUUAGCCUUCCUGACUCUAAAGGAAAAGCCAUUUGGACAGCCCACCUGAAUAUAACCUUUCAGGUGGGAAAUCGGAUUAUAUCAGAAUUAGGAGAGAGUGGAGUGUUUGGAAAUCAUUCUCCUUUGGAAAGGGUGUCUGGUGCCUUGGUACUUCCUGAAGGAUGGAAUCAGAACGCUUGUAAUCCUAUGACCAACUUCAGCAGACCUGAACAGGCAGACUCUUGGUUGGCCCUCAUUGAACGGGGAGGCUGUACUUUUACACACAAAAUCAAUGUGGCAGCAGAGAAGGGAGCAAAUGGGGUGAUCAUCUAUAACUAUCCAGGUACUGGCAACAAAGUGUUUCCCAUGUCUCACCAGGGAACAGAAAAUAUAGUCGCGGUGAUGAUAGGCCACUUGAAAGGCAUGGAACUUUUGCACUUGAUUCAGAAGGGAGUUUAUGUGACGAUCAUCAUUGAAGUGGGGAGAAUGCACAUGCCAUGGCUGAGCCAUUAUGUCAUGUCUCUGUUCACCUUCCUGGCUGCCACAGUUGCCUACCUUUUCUUGUACUGUGCAUGGAGACCUCGAGUGCCCAAUUCUUCCACCAGGAGGCGAAGACAGAUAAAAGCAGAUGUGAAGAAAGCUAUUGGUCAGCUUCAACUGCGAGUGCUCAAGGAAGGGGAUAAGGAACUAGAUCCAAAUGAAGACAGUUGUGUUGUUUGCUUUGACAUAUACAAACCCCAAGACGUAGUACGUAUUUUAACUUGCAAACAUUUUUUCCAUAAGGCAUGCAUUGACCCCUGGCUUUUAGCCCAUAGGACAUGCCCCAUGUGCAAGUGUGACAUUCUGAAAACUUAAACCUGGAGAAUCUUCUGAAGAUGUAAGCGAGUCUUUCCAAAGAAAUUACAUGAAUUCUCUUUUAGCACUUUUAUGUAGAGAAAAAACUGAACUUCAUCUUCUCUACCUAAGUAUUAAUGAGGAUGAAAUUUGUGUGUUUUUAAAAUAAAACUCCAUAUCAU